AUGGCUACCAAAUUUAAUCUACCUGUCGCAUCGACGCAAGAGCGCAGACCCGUGCGACACGAUAUCAAUGAAGACAAAAAGUCUGAGAAGCUUAGAACGAUGUACUUGUACACUAUGAUGUUUCUCUCGAUAGCUUCUCCUAUUCUUUAUGAAUCCUCUCUCAUUGUUUGGUCUAUCAAUGUUCUUUGCACUGUUGCUCUUAUGAUAGCUGUCCUUCGGACACAUCCUGAAGAAAUUAAAAAGUUUGGCCCUGUGGUAUUCCCGACAGCCAGCUUGUUCUUAGUGAUGAUAGUGUUCACAAGUCGUGUAUCACUAUUAGAAAUUAUGCCUUGGAUACCAUUUGCCUUUUCCAUAUGGCUUUUGAUCACUGUUUACUCUUGCCCAGCAACGGUAUCACUCGUUCAAGAAGUCCUCAAAGGAGCAAGGCUAGAUUCAUCAAAACAUGGCCAUUAUAUCCAUAACUUUAUCCGAGAUGUCGAGGAAGGUCAGAACCAAGCUCCAAGCUUUGGCUUUAAUCAGAAGGAGCCUUUGGAACGAGUAUCGCAGUCUACAAUGGAUCACCAGCUUGCAUUUAUGGGUCGUCCUACUUCAAUCAUAAGCACAACGCCCAGUGAUAUUGAUUUAGAUGAAGGUAAUUCGACCGCAAGGUUGGUAGGCGCCAGACUUCUGUCCCAUUUUCAAGAAGAUAGUGGCGAAUCCAUGGAAUUCCUGGAAGAAUUGAGGCUCCACACACAGGACCAUUUUACAGACUCCCUCGAGGCUUCGGAUGAUUCUUUGAUAGGCCACUACUCAACAACAGGGUCGGCAUUCUACGACCACAUAUGA